ACUUUUAGGGCUUUUUUUUGUUGUUGUAUUAUUUAUACUCCAGUGAUGAGGGGUGAGGAUUGAGAGGAAUGUAAAGGGGAUGUACAGGAUUGGUAAACAAGACGAGUAUAAAAAUGAUUCGGUUUGACCUCAGAAAAUGACUGACAGGGAAAUGAUGGCAAUUUUUGUUUGAGUGAAUAUGAGAGAAAGUAGUUCACAGAGAAGCCAGAAACUAUUUUAAGAAGCCAAAUCUGUGAUCGACUUUUUUUACGUUUCGUUUCAAAUAAAAAUAAAAUUGCAUGUUGAAUCCAAGAAAAGGGGGAAUCCCCUGAAGGGUGCGCUUCACUUUCCUCACAUAACUCUGUUUGUCUUGGACUGGCUUCAGUCUCAGGUGAAGGCUGACAUGCAUGCAUGCAUGCAUGCGUAUAGGUUUACAUACAGCAGAUGCACUGAACAUACAUACAAGCGAAUGCCAGGAAUGUUUUGCGGCUGUGUAAGUCUGUGUGCGGGUGAAUGAGUUUCUGGACUCUGUGCCAGGGCAGCGUGGGUGUUUAUGGGAGCUUCCACGACAAGUGGAAGCGGAAACGUUGACAUAUGAUUCCCGGACCAAUCAGAGCAUUAUCUCGUUGUGUGGGUCUGGUCUGACAAAGGAGGUGGACUACAGUAUAUAUUGACCUCGAUUUGGGGCAAAGAGACAGAACAAGCCACCGGAGCAAAGCUAAGAAGAGCAAGCAACUUCUACGUCUGCAGCAAGACACCAACUACAAGCCAUCAUGAAGACUCUGACUCUCCUCUCCAUCUGUGCUCUUCUCUCAGUGUGCUGGUCCAUGGGAGCUAUCGAACCAGAGGUUGUCGUUGACGACACUGUCGAUGAUGCUGCAGCCGCUGACCCCGCUCCCGCCGCCGCCGAUUCAUCCUCCUCUUCAGAGUCAUCCUCCGAGUCCAGCUCCGAUUCCUCCUCUGCAUCUGACUCCAACUCUUCCUCCGACUCAGCGUCCGAUUCCAACUCCGACUCGUCCUCUUCGUCCUCUUCAUCCUCCUCUUCCGAGUCAGCCGAAUCUUCCGAGUCUUCCGAGUCUUCUGAGUCCUCUGAGUCUGCUUCCUCUGAGUCCAACUCUGACUCCAACUCUGACUCUUCCUCUUCAUCCUCCUCAUCUUCAUCGGAGUCAGCCAGCGACGAGGCGACUCAAGCUCCAGCGGUGGUCGUGAAGAGAGACCUGGCCUCUGUUCUCCUGAGGAGACGAAGAUCCCCAGGAGGACAACUCAGCCUCCUGCAGCUGGAAAGCCUGAGAGAGGUGUGCGAGGUGAACGACGCCUGCGACGAGAUGGCUGAAACCGCCGGCAUUGUCGCCGCGUACACCGCCUACUACGGACCCGUCCCUUUCUAAGUUAAAUAGUCCUCUUUCAUCCACAUGGGAACUGUUUCUUUUUUCUGUCUUUUUGUAAUAGAAAAACUCCAACAACAACAACUCCCCUGAAUCCAUCUGAAGGAGCAGACCAGCACAAAAAAGAAAUAAAAUGUUACGAUGCUAGAUGGAGAUUUUUAUUUUAGGCACAAAUCCUUGCACAAGCGGCCAGCGUUAGUGGUCCUAAACGGGAAAAAAAAGAGGCCUCCUCCAGGCUGUCAGAGAGAGGCACAUGGAAACACAAGCCUGUGAAGUCAUGCAGUAGCCCACACGAGAUUAAAUUAUUCUUCUUCACGUCUUUUAGUAUAAAACAAUGAAUGGUGCUACAAGUGCAGAUGUAUUGUAUGUUAAUGUAUUGAUGUUUUUGUGUCGUGCUUUAGUCGUACUUUAGUAGUUCUAGUAAGUAGUGGAUGGAGUAAUGAGAGGUACUGUAGUU